AUGGCGGCCCCAGGUCAAAUCAGUACGUAUUCAUCCGAGGUCAUGUCUUUAUCAAGUUCAUACACCGAAGAUCCGGUCCCUGAUCCCAAAUGGGGGAAGAUGCAAGUCCAACCACCAUUGAACUUUUUCGACAAGGAUAAACUUGGAACUUAUCAACCGCAUGAUGACACCUUAGUGGUUACACUUUGGAUAAGGGGUUAUGAUGUAAGGAGGGUCCUGGUAGAUCAAGGCAGUCGUGUAGAGAUCAUGUAUCCUGAUCUAUACAAGAGACUUAAACUGAAACCUAAAGAUUUAGUCAACUAUGAUUCCCCUCUAGUGGGAUUUAAUGGGAAGAUUGUUAUCCCAAAGGGCUUAAUUAAACUAUCUAUUCAAGCAGGGUCAGAAGUGGUGGAAGUGAACUUCAUUGUAGUAGAUGCUUAUUCACCUUAUACUACUAUUUUAGCAAGACCAUGGCUUCAUGCCAUGGGAGCUGUUUCUUCUACUUUGCAUUUAAAGGUGAAGUAUCCCUUUGGGGACCAUGUUGAGGAGUUGAUUGGGAGCCAGGCCAUGGCAAAGCAAUGCUUGGUCGCGGCUAUUAGGCACCAAUCUGACGGUGAACCCUUGGCCACCCCAGAGAAGGCUUUGUAG